GUGGGUUUCCCAAGUGAAAUGGGCGUCGUCUCGCUUAAGAGUGCGUAAGUCAAAGAUUUUGGUCUCACAUAGGGUGUUUAGAACGAAACGACACUAUUUUUAGAUGUCAUUUGGUUUGAAACAGUCCUCGUCUCUCGUUUCACAUGCAGCUUAGAAAGUGAAAAUGACGAGCGUGGCAGUAAGAAUAUUAGUUACGUUUUUGUGUUGCUUACACGAGGUAUAAAUCCACACUUAGUCAUCAGCCGAGAUAUUUAUAUAUAUAAAAUGUUACCGAUAAAUCUGUCUUCAGAUAAAGCUUUUGUUCUAUUGUUAAUCUCUGCAUGUAUACUAGGUGGCUUCAGGUAGACCCGAUGAUUAAUUUGCCUUGUAAACUGGAAAAGCAAAUAAACAAUCUUAGCAUCUACGGUGAACAAGGUCUGCAGUUUGGUAUAGAGGGUAUAUUUUUAAGUAACUGUAGAGGUACACUUGACGUACAUCUGAUUCACUUCAGUUAUCGCAGAAUUCGAAGAACUUGGAAUUACUCGUCGUGCGUAUUGUGACGUAGUCAAUUACAUGAUUUAUGACAGCAACCUUACGCUAACACAGAACUAUCGUCCGCAUUCAAUCGCGAACUGCUCUAACAGUGAAGAACACGCGUGAGAAAAACUGCUUUCACGCCCAAUUCCCACUUCCUGGGGAAGUAAAUGUUCUACAAGGUAUCGAAAGGAAGUUAUUAACUUAUCAGUGUACCGAAAAUAGAUUCAGUUUCGAAGAAAAGCAGUUGACAGAUUGUUCCUGUCUUGGACACCUUUGACAAGCCUACAAGGAAAAAGAUGAUUGUUUUACUGACAGUAUUUACAUUCCAGGUAGGCAGGGUUUUUAAAAACUAUCUACACUUGACGCCUAAAAUCUAAGCUAUCGCACAUCAGUCCGAACAGUUUUAAAAUCCGAAAUGAAAAGCGAGCAUUCACUAACGAAGAAACAUCUGUAGUUUUAACAUGUACGAAGACUGAGAUGUCAUUUUAUCGUGUGGACAUUGGAAGCAAUAGAAGAAGAAGUUCUUGUGUGUUUCUUGCUGCAGCCCUGCUUGUGUGGACGAGUUACCACUGUGGAAAAGCAGAAAUCCUUCCUUCAAUUUUCUGGACACCCAACAAUCCGAUUUUUUCGAAGACGAAUUACGAGCUGAAUGUGUUUCCCUACACCCAGCUGCACAUCGUUUGUCCUAACACCUGGACAGUACUAAAAACCUGGAAACACCAAGUACCACAGACGGACCUGUAUGAGAAUAUUUGGGGAGUGGACGAGUCUGGUUACAAGACGUGCUCGACAGGAAAGGCGGCAUCUCAGCCAGCGCUGAUUUUAUGUGAUUCACCCACACAGGUUAAAUUCGACACUUUUGUGUUUCGAUUUCCGGCUAAUUCUCCAACAACAUUUGCACCUGGCAAGGAAUAUUUCUUUAUUGCCACGUCAGACGGGAAGAGGAGCUCGCUGAAUUCAACUUCUGGUGGGCAUUGCACCACACAUAACAUGCGAUUUAAGGUGUAUGUGUGUAAGAAUAGACAAGAUAAAAGAUGCAGCCCUCCUAAGAAAAAACCUAGUCCAACUCAAGUUCCUAAAAGGAACAAGACAGUCUCUCCUCCUAGAUCAUUUGUUGAGUGCAAUAACACUAAUGACACUGAUGUUAGAUCAAAAUUUUGCAACAACACUGUUUGCGGUACCACCAAGACAGAGAUACUCCGAAAAACUGGGACUUUUGUAGGUACUGUCGCUAUCUUGGGGUCAUUGGUAGUCCUUUCUAUGGCCUUAAAUGCUUUCCUUUUAUGGCAAAAAUGCAAGCAAGAACUAAAACAGCGAGCGGAAAGAGCGUCACUGAGUCGUCACUGAGAGUGUACCUGUCUUGAGCCCAAAAUUGCCCGACUCUUUGGUCAUCGGCUAGGAAAGCUUAGCACCAAAAAUGACGUCAGACCGUAUUUUUUGGGAAAUAAAAAAAUGUGUAACUUUGUCUGUUAUAAAAACAUCUCAAAACCUGUCGUCCGGUAGAUUAAUAUUUUAUUUCUCAUGAACGUCUAAUCAGAGCCAAAUUCUAAUCCCUGAAAUCUUGAGGUGGAGCCGUGCUGGUAGAUUUUGAGGAAAACGUCAUUAAAACUACUAGUGUCGUAUGUGAUGGUUUAAGACUUUAAAGAAUAACAGUAAUUAGAGAAAGCAAAAAACACUUCUUGAAACAUUUUACAAAAGAGUCAAGAAGUGAGCAAUUUUUUCCCUCAAUACUGUAGGUCUUACUUCAAGGGGCAACGCCGACAUAACAACGUGACUCCUAACCUUUUGUGGUUGUGUUUUCACUAGGACAAUUUUGGCUAGAUAAAGUCGGAAAAGUCUGGAAAAGCAGUGAAAACAGUUCGUCUUGAGUUUAGCGAGUUAAAAAUGCACGCUGUUUUCACCAGAAAAAAAAAGCGAUUGUCUCGUCAAUAUGACCGGAAAUUCGCGCCAAGUUAGACUACCUCGCGAGAUGCUAUAACCUGUCCUGGCGAGUGCCGCAGCCAAUCACACUGUGCGUAGUGACAAAGGCCUGCAAAGAAUCUGGCAAUAGUAUUCACCAGACGUUCGUACCACGGUUCAGUUUGCGAAGCAGAACUUUUAAAACGCCAGACGAGUUCAGCAGUCCUUCUCAUUUAUUUCGGUUUACCAUUCCUACGGUCCCGUUAGAUUCUCCAGUUCCUCGACUAGGACCCUUAUGACACGGCGUCGCCGUGCAGAACGAGUUCCUGCAUUACAACAGUUUGUCGCAUCUUCCUCAUUUCUGGGAACAUUAACCGCAUCCUCUGGAAAAAAUGCCUUCUCGAUCUCCUUCGCAUAAAUAUGACUAGAAUCAAUUCAAGAGAAGUCGUUAAAAGCGCUUCCUCUCUCAGCCAUUUUAGAAAGUUGCGCGCUUUUGUAAUUUAAAUCUUCUGAGUCAGUGGGUUAAAUUCUGGGUUAAAUUUCCAGUGGAAACAGAUAUUUAACUAGCAAAUGCUGAUCUGUAAACAAACACCCAGAAAGAAUGUUCAGCUUGUUAGUCGGCAACCUGUGUCUGAUUAUACGAUAGUAAUACACCAGGAGCCCAUUACCCUUAAAUUAUAGAAGUGUCUGGAUUUCCCUGUUCAUUGAAGCAGCAUGGUUCUCAACAAUUGCAAAGUGCCUCAUCAAAACAUCAAAACUUGUCUAGCAGACUAGGUAAAGCAAACAAAGUUUAGCCAAUCAAGACAGGGGUUAUCAUGGAUGUUUAAUUUCAUGCAUGUUUCGUGGAGGUCUUAGCCAAGGUUAAAGAGAAACCUCAAAAGCACUUGUCUCGAUAAACAGUAGAGACCUCCAAGAACUCGAGUAUAUUACAUCCGAUCACUAGAUACAGAAUUACUAGAUAUUUUCUUAGCUAAUCGACACUUUGCUUUGGGAAUGUUUUGAUUAGUUAUGAUACAAUUUCAAACCUUAUCCUUCUGGCUGAGGUUGAUGAAAAGAGAUAUUGAGCAAUUAUUUCGUGAUAUAAAAUACACUCUUUUUUUGUCAGAAUAUUGCUUUCCGGCCGACGCUGAAUAUUCUUAUUUUUCUGCCGAUUUUAGACUGAAAAUAUUCUUGUGAAUAUUCUUAGAUGAUAGCACAUGACAUACCUGGUUUCGAAUGUAUUUGGUGUCUGGAUGAUGUUUAAGUAAGUUUUGAGCCAACCUGCAGGCAUUAAUAAUAUCACGCACAUAACCUCUUGCCGAAAUGCUAUUAACAUCGAACAAACGGCUAGUGCUAUUUUUGUUGCUUUUUAGCUAGUUUUGACGUUUAGAUAAAGAAAGAAUUUCAUACACUUAUUAAGUUAAAAACAUAUAAUUGUAUUGUAUUGACAAACUUUCAUCAUACAAAAUUAUAUUCCUUUCAAAAUCGAAGCCUCGGGUUUAAUCUUAAAAUGCUCUUAAAAUUUCGUAAAUUUCAGCCUCUAAAUUCUUAAAGAAAACAUAUUCUUAUAAAGAAGAAAGAGUGUAUCAUUCUUAGCAAAAACGAACUUGACUUUGAAGUACAGCUACUUGCUUCGCGCUCAGCUCUCCAGUUUGAUGCAAUCUUCGUGCUGCACAAAGUCAUCUUCAAGUUAAGUCAAGUCCAGUCAAGUCAUCUUUGUUUAGGCAGGGUAGAUCAAUCAGCCAUAGGCUGGUAUCAAAAGGGGUCCUGCGUAAAAUUAUAAGACCACAUGAUAAAAAAUUCAGAAUUUAAAAAUUACCUCAAAGUUAUGUACAAGGAGUUUAAAAAUUGAAUAUAAAGGAAAUUACAUAUCCGAUGAAGUACAAUUUUUCUAGAUCAAUACAACAAAAGAGAACAAUCAAAGUAUAUCUAAGUAUUAUAUUGGUAGAAAACUAAUGGCUAAACUGAAAACUAAGAGUUCUUAAAAAUGGAAAGCGACGUGGCUUCUUUCACUGAUGUGGGUAAAUCAUUAAAAAGAACCGCGCCUGAAAAUCUAAAUCUACAGACAGCUAUUUAACUUUCUUUCCUGCACCGGGUAAGUGAAGCGGACAAUCUUUUUCGACGCCGUAAGUUGAAAAUAGAAGAAGUCUGGUCCAGGUCGUUCAAAGGGUGGAUCAUGUGGAUAUAUCACUAUCCAGUGGAUAGCGUGGUCUGUUUUGCCAACAAGUAUCCACUGGAUAGCGAUCUCUCCGGUGGAUAGCGUUAUCCACCUUUAGACAACCGUGUGUGGGGCCUGAGGCCGCACGAGGGCGAUAUCAACGGAAAUUGUUUAUCGCACGAUCUCCCCCUCCCCCAUCCCCCGUAUUGAUCUUCGUGGAACAAUGGUCAGUCUUAUCAACAUUUGAUUUCUUUUCUUUUUUUUUUUCUUUUCUUUCCUUGUUUUUUUGUCAAAAUGGACAAUGCAAUGAAGUUCCAUGUAACGUAGACAAACAAAAUCAAUCUCGUUUCAUAGUUUCUUUUUUUAACCCUAAUCUUGAUGCAGAUAUUAAUUCGUUUCUGAGAGAGCGAUAGUUCCUGCAGGAAACAAACGAAUGCUUCGAGCUAUAUAUGGCCACCGUGAUAGAAUAUGAAGGUUAAUAUUAGCUCAGUCAAUUUUGAAACUAAAUUCAAUGUAAAAGUUUAAUCACUGUGAUAUGAUCUAAAGAGAAUCUUUCAUAGUUGUUAGUCCAAAAUAUAUUCUAGGCUAAGUAAGGUUAAUUGAGGGGCGGGUUUAGAAUGAAGUGGAUCUGUAAUAUACUGCCUCUCGCGAACAACAUACAGCAAUAGUAAAAUACUAUUGUAUUUAGCCGAGCGAGAAGGUAAUGCGAGAAAAUUUAAAGUCACUUUCCUCUCGAUAGAGGUUAAUUCUAAUUGCAUUCCAACGGAGAUGAGACAUUUUCUCGCUACUCAUCUUGAGAUAGCGUUAUCUUGCUCGAAAUCUAGGGUUACAGUGUAUUUCUCAUAAUUUUGAGCGGGCGACAGGGCGUGAGUGUAGGGGAGGGGAGGGAAUGGUGAGGGCUUGUCAAGGGAGUCCUAUGGAAACAAGUUAUUUGUUUACGCGAAAAAAUAUUUAACUGACCAAUGUAUUGAGUUUAUUCUAGCAACUUCUCCUCUACUUACCCGUCCUCUGUUCAUCUGGAUAUGUAUCCUAGGCUUUGUUUCAAUCUCUGUAAUUAAUACUUCAGAAAUAACAAGGUACAGGAGGAAAAGCUACUCCAUAUGAAGUUUUGGAUCAUGUGCACUUCUAUAAAUAACACUGAAAUAAAAACUGUUCAUCAAAUCAUUUAUCAAGCUGCCAUUGUAUUGCGUGAUUAUCGUUUACUUGGCGUGACAACUCUAUCCAUCAAAAUUUCUUCAGAAAACAUGAAAGUCCAACCGUUCUUCUAAACUAAUUCAAAACACAGCAGGGAACAAAAAGCCGUGCAGUGCCAGUACUAAAACAUAUUUAUGAGAUCAAUUUUCUUUUCCCCUCUAUUGCUUUAGAAUAAGAGAUUGCACUAAAUGCUCUAAAGCUUUUAGAGCUUUCCAUUACACGCAACGUUUUUAGGGCUCUAGCUUUUUUGAACACACAGGUCUGACUGUUUGGUCUACAACACAACUAUGUACUGUUGUUAUGACGAGUUUGUAAGACCCCUGAAGUUUUUACAAGAAUUUUUUUUACAACCGAACCGUUUCAGUUGCACCAUUUGUGUCCUGUUUAUGAUAUUUAUGGGCACGAGUUUACUGAAUGCUUGUUGUAUUCGUCCAUAACGUGGUCUUCGCGCGUGCAAAACAGUAUCUUUUUUCCUAAAGAAGAUUUUUUUGACUAAUGCGAUAAAACUUUCUAGAAUUAAAUUUUCCUCUUCGAUUUCCGGAGCAAUUAGAACCAACAGCUACAUUCCGUGUGCUUCGUGUGUAG